UGCCUCAGUCCAGGCAGCACACAGCAGUGUAUUCCCCAUUCCAGUACCCCACUGUUACAGUGAGACAACAUGGCUGAGAAAGACCCAGAGGGGAUUAUAGCUACAGACCCCAGCAACAAUGAUGAUAGAAAAUGCCUUAUUAUCCGGAAGCUUCUGAAGUUCAACCCUAAAGAAGUGUUUACGUGGCAGCUGGUGAAGACAGUUGCUAUGAGUCAGGGUUUGGCUGCUCUCAUCUGCGGCACAGCAGUAACAUCCCAGUACCUGGCUUCAGACUACCACGUGGAUGCGCCCAUGCUUCAGAGCUUCAUGAGCUACACACUGCUCUGCCUCACCUACACCACCGCUCUGCUGUUCAGAACAGGGGAUGAAAAUAUGUUUCCAAUUUUAAAGAAGAGGUGGUGGAAGUAUCUCCUACUAGGCUUGGUGGACGUCGAGGCUAACUACACUGUGGUUAAGGCUUACCAGUACACCACACUCACCAGUAUACAGCUGCUGGACUGUUUUGUGAUCCCCGUGUUGAUGAUACUCUCCUGCUGGUUCCUGAAGACGUGCUACAGACCUGUGCACUACGUCUCUGUGUGUGUCUGUCUGCUGGGGGUGGGGGCCAUGGUGGGAGCUGACCUACUGGCUGGACGAGACCUGGGAUCCACCUCAGACAUUCUGUUAGGUGAUGGCUUGGUCCUGCUCAGUGCCAGUCUAUAUGCUGUGUCUAAUGUGUGUCAGGAGUACACCGUCAAACACCUCAGCAGAGUGGAGUUCCUAGGCAUGGUCGGCCUGUUUGGCACACUCAUCAGUGGCAUACAACUGGGCGUUCUGGAGCAUAACAAUGUGGCAAACAUCCAAUGGGACUGGAGAAUUGGCCUGCUGUUUGCUGGCUAUGCCCUGUGUAUGUACACCCUGUACAGCUGUAUGCCCAUAGUGGUCAAGAAGACCAGUGCUACAGCAGUCAACCUCUCCCUGCUCACUGCAGACCUCCUCAGCCUCUUCUGUGGCCUGUUUCUCUUUCAAUACACGUUCUCAGCUUUGUACAUGGUGUCUCUGGUGAUCAUCCUAGUGGGCUUCGUCGCAUUCAACACCGUGGCAACGACCCCUGACCCUGCAGACCCUAUCGCCCCCUCCGUGGGCUGGGAGGAGUGCGGCUACGACAACCCUGAUGACAUCAUCGAAGAAGUGGUGGUGGCGGUUUUGGAAGAGGAAGAGGGUGAACACACAGGGGUGUCAUGGAAUCAGAGAACACAGAAUAAGGAAGUACCGGCAGAGGGACGGAGUACCAAGAUGUGAUCUGAUCUACUAGAUGAGCACUUCCCAACUGUCUAUAGCUGUUAAACUCCUUGUCUCCUUUCUUUAAUUUGUGCCAUUCUAAUACAUCUACAGAUUGACAGGUGUAUAUAUGUACAGUAUAGGUGUGUUGUAAUAUUUGUCCACUAGUUGACAUGGCAGGAAGAAUGAUAAAUGUUUUAUUCCACAUUCAUUGUGGGGUGUGUCAAGUUAAUGAGUGAUUCUUCAUUGAUAUCAAACCUGGUUGGAGCAUAAACCCAAUUAAGAAAAAUAUUUUCACAUAAAGAAUAUUAUAUGCAGGGCUCAAUGUGUGCAACAUUACCUAAUUAAAUUAUCAUUAUUUGAGACAACAAAACAAAAAACACAAUCGAAGAAUGGGACCCUCGUUUUUCUAAUGAAGAAAUACUUGAUACUUGAAAUCUUUGGAAUGAGGUCGCACGUUGAGUAUUUACACGUCAUGUCCUCGCGUUGCUUCGCUCUUCCGGUAGGUAAGAGAGCUGUCCGUAGUGCUGAAACAGUUAUUAGCACGCACACAACAUUGUUUACAAACAUCGGAUCUGAUCAGCUCAUCAAAUCUAUGGACAGAACGUUUUUGUUUUUCCCGAGCUAGUGCUAGUCAAAUACUUUAUUAUAAUCAGUAAGCGAACUAAUAGUCUGCUUUGUGAUUCACUCUAUAUAUGAUACUAAACAAGGCACGGAAGCAAUGCUACUGAACUGCUUUGGGACAAAUAAUAAUUUACAUGUAGACACCUCCUCCGUGCGUUUACAGACAGUUGAGAUAUAAUAAGGUAGACUGCAUGCAAAUGUUUUUCUUAACCCUCUCCCUCUGUCAAUCAUCCAUCUCUUUCCCUGACUCCUAAACUAAACCAGCUCCACAGUAAGGAUCGAUAGACAGACUACUAGGUUAUAGAGCUUGCACAGGCCCCAUAUGGAAAAUAAUCAUGAAAAUCAAAUAAGAAUAUUGUAAAGCAGAAGAACAUUAUUUGUACAAACAUCUAAGAAGUAAUCUAACAAGGAUCUGGUCAAAUGUAUGUUUUUCCUUAUAUGUCAGUGCUGUAUUUGUAUAUGUGUUAACUUAUAUGCCUUAUAUGACAUACAUAAUUGAAUACAUUAUUGUGGUGCAUUUCCUAAAAAGACAUCGUAAGACAUAUUAGAGACAAAAUAUAUGAAUUAUGUUCUGAGAAUGUAACCUCUACAAAAUAAAUGUUUUCUUAUAGGUU